AUGUAUAAACACGUGUUCCUCACCGGCCCGCCGGGGGUCGGGAAAACCACUGCGGUGAGGACAGUGUCCGGCAUGUUACAAUCAUCCGGGGUUCCCAUCCAGGGAUUCUACACCGAGGAAGUGAGAGCAGGAGGAGGCGGCGGGAGGAGGAUAGGAUUUGACAUAGUGACCCUGUGUGGGAAGCGUGGCACCCUGUCCAGGGCCGGCCCUCACACUGACAGGCGGGAGCACAGAGUCGGGCAGUAUGUGGUAGACCUGGUGUCCUUCCAGCAGCUGGCCAUCCCCACUCUGACCGUGGGGGACGGAGACACCGUCUGUGUGAUUGAUGAAAUCGGUAAAAUGGAGCUCUGCAGCGAGCCCUUCAUACAGGCUGUCCGCACCGUGCUGGAGGGGGGCAAAGCUGUCAUAUUUGGGACCAUUCCAAUCCCUAAAGGAAAGCCUUUACCACUGAUUGAGGAGAUCAGGAGAAGGCCUGAUGUGAAAGUGUUUAAUAUCACAAAGGAGAAUAGAGAUGGGAUACUUCAAGAACUCCUGGAGACCAUACAGAACUGCAGGAAAUAA